UCGGCGGCGACUGAGCCAGCUGAGGAGGGAAGAUGGCUCGGGCAGUGGCGGCGGCUACUCCGGCUGUGGUGGAGGUGCAGGCUCGGGCAGCGUGAGGUUUUCCUGUUUUGGGAGCUGUGAGAUAAAAAACAUUAGGGGAAGAUUCAUUCUUCUUAGUGGACAUGGCUCAGAUAUCCAGCAGCAAUGGAUUUAAGCAAUGUUCAUCUUCAUCCCUGGAACCAGUAAGAACGAAGGAUGUGGACAAAGAAGAAGCUUUACAGAUGGAAGCAGAGGCUUUAGCAAAACUGCAAAAGGACAGACAAGUGACUAACAAUCAAAGAAGCAUUGAGUUGUCAAGCAGCUCACAGGAAAAGGCACAAGUUUAUAACCAAGAAGAUUGUGAUCUGAUGGUGUUUCCUGAAUCAGAGUCCCAAAAAAGAGGAGUAGAUAUUGAUGUGGAAAAGCUCACUCAAGCUGAACUUGAGAAACUGUUAUUGGAUGAGAACUUCGAGCCUAGAAAAACACCUGUGUCGCCAGUUACUCACGUUCUGAGCCCUUCGUUUUCAGCGCAACUUUAUGUUGGAUCUACUAUUCAAAGAGGACAGUGGCCACCUGGAUUAUCUGGGCCUUCCAGUUACACUUUACCUUCUAUUUAUCCUGCAACUUACAGUAAACAGGCUGCAUUUCAGAAUGGCUUCAAUCCAGGAAUGUCUACUUUGCCAUCUACAAAACCCAUAUAUUUAAGUGUUCCAGGACAGUCUCCAUAUUUUUCAUAUCCUUUGACACCUGCCACGCCAUUUCAUCCCCAGGGAAGCUUACCUGUCUAUCAGCCAAGAGUCAGUCCUGAAAUGGCAAAACUGUUUGAUAAAAUUGCUAGCACAUCAGAAUUUUUAAAAAAUGGGAAAGCAAGGACUGAUUUGGAAAUAACAAAUUCUAAGGCUACGACCAGCAAUCUACAGGUCUCUCCAAAGCCUGAGGGUAUCAGUAAAUUUGAAUGGUUAGACUUGGAUCCUCUCAGUAAACCUAAGGUGGAUAAUGUGGAAGUAUUAGACCAUGAAGAGGAAAAAAGUAUACCAAAUUUACUUGCAGAGGAUCCUUGGGAGGCUGUUCUUCUUGAAGAAAAAUCACCAGCAAGUUGUCACUUUGAAAGAAAGGUGAAUGGAAAGUCUCUUUCUGGGGCAACUGUAACAAGAAGCCAGUCCUUAAAUAUUCGAACAACUCAGCUCGCAAAAGUCCAGGGCCAAAUUUCUCAGAAAGACCCAAAUGGGACCAGUAGUUUGCCAACUGGAAGUUCUCUUCUACAAGAAAUUGAAGUACAGAACGAGGAGGUGGCAGCUUUUUGUCAAUCUAUUACAAAAUUGAAGGCCAAAUUUCCAUAUACCAGUCACUGCACAAAUCCGGGCUAUUUGUUAAGUCCAGUCACAGUGCAAAGAAACCUCUGUGGAGAAAAUGCUAGUGUGAAGGUCUCCAUUGAAAUUGAAGGAUUUCAACUACCAGUUACUUUUACCUGUGAUGUGAGUUCUACUGUAGAAAUCAUUAUAAUGCAAGCCCUUUGCUGGGUCCAUGAUGACUUGAAUCAAAUAGAUGUUGGCAGCUAUGUUCUGAAAGUUUGUGGUCAAGAGGAGGUACUGCAGAAUAAUCAUUGUCUUGGAAGUCACGAACAUAUUCAGAACUGCCGAAAAUGGGACACAGAGAUUAAACUACAACUAUUGACCUGCAAUGCAAUGUGCCAAAAUUUGGCUAGAACAGCGGAAGAUGAUGAAACACCUGUGGAUUUAAACAAAUACCUGUAUCAAAUAGAGAAACCAUAUAAAGAAGUUAUGACAAGACAUCCUGUUGAAGAACUCUUAGAUUCCUAUCACAGCCAAGUGAAACUUGCUCUUCAAACAGAAAACCAACACCGAGGAGUAGAUCAAGUAAUUAAAGCUGUGAGAAAAAUCUGUAGUGCUCUAGAUGGUGUGGAGACUCCUGCCAUUACAGAGUCGGUGAAGAAGCUUAAAAGAGCAGUUAAUCUUCCAAGGAGCAGAAGUUCUGAAGUGACUUCAUUGUCUGGCGGGGACAGUAACAAGAGUUCGGCUGGAGGUUCAUUAAAUCCUGAGAGUCCCAUUCAAGUGAGCAUGGACCAGUUAACUACAGCAAUUUAUGAUCUUCUCAGACUCCAUGCCAGUUCUGGCAGGAGCCCUGCAGACCUUGCCCAAAAUUCUAGGAACACCAAGGAAGCAUGGACAACAACAGAACAGCUCCAGUUUACUAUUUUUGCUGCACACGGAAUAUCAAGUAACUGGGUAUCAAAUUACGAAAAAUACUAUUUGAUGUGCUCUCUGUCUCACAACGGAAAGGAUCUUUUUAAACCUAUUCAAUCAAAGAAGGUUGGCACUUAUAAAAAUUUCUUCUAUCUUAUUAAAUGGGAUGAACUAAUCAUUUUUCCCAUCCAGAUAUCACAGUUGCCAUUAGAAUCACUUCUUCAUCUUACCCUUUUUGGAAUUUUAAAUCAGAACAGUGGAAGUUCUCCUGAUUCUAAUAAGCUAAGAAAGGGUCCAGAAGUUUUGGGCAGAGUUUCUUUACCUCUUUAUGACUUUAAGAAAUUUCUAACAUGUGGAACUAAACUUUUGUAUCUUUGGACUUCAUCACAUAUAAAUACUCUUCCUGGAACAGCCCCCAGAAAAGGAUGCGUCAUGGAAAGAAUAGUGCUACAGGUUGAUUUUCCUUCUCCUACAUUUGAUAUUAUUUAUACAGCUCCUCAAGUUGACAAAGGAAUGGUACAACAAUACAGCUUAGAUACACUGGAGAGUGAUACAAAAGGGAAACUUCUGGACAUUCUUCACAGAGACUCAUCACUUGGACUUUCUAAAGAAGAUAAAGCCUUUUUGUGGGAAAAGCGUUAUUACUGCUUCAAACACUCAAAUUGUCUUCCUAAAAUACUGGCAAGUGCUCCAAACUGGAAAUGGGUUAAUCUUGCCAAAACUUACUCAUUACUUCACCAGUGGCCUCCAUUGUACCCUCUCACUGCAUUGGAGCUUCUUGAUUCAAAAUUUGCUGAUCAGGAAGUGAGGUCUCUAGCUGUGACCUGGAUUGAAGCCAUCAGCGACGAUGAGCUAACAGAUCUCCUUCCUCAGUUUGUGCAGGCUUUGAAAUAUGAAAUUUACUUGAAUAGUUCUUUACUGCAUUUCCUUCUGUCCAGGGCAUUAGGAAAUAUACAGAUAGCACACAGUUUAUAUUGGCUUCUCAAGGAUGCUCUGCAUGAUGCACAGUUUGGGGCCCGCUAUGAACAUGUUUUGGGUGCUCUCCUCUCAGUAGGAGGAAAAGGACUCAGAGAAGAACUUUAUAAGCAGACGAAACUCGUUCAGCUUUUAGGAGGAGUAGCAGAAAAAGUAAAGCAAGCUAGUGGAUCAACCAGACAGGUUGUCCUCCAAAGGAGUAUGGAACGAGUACAGUCUUUUUUUCUGAGAAAUAAAUGCCGUCUCCCUCUCAAACCAAGUCUAGUGGCAAAAGGAUUAAAUAUUAAGUCAUGCUCCUUCUUCAGUUCUAAUGCUGUGCCCCUAAAAGUCACAAUGGUGAAUGCUGAUCCUAUGGGGGAAGAAAUUAAUGUCAUGUUUAAGGUUGGAGAGGAUCUUCGUCAAGACAUGCUAGCUUUACAGAUGAUAAAGAUUAUGGAUAAAAUCUGGCUUAAGGAAGGACUAGAUCUGAGGAUGGUGAUUUUCAAGUGUCUCUCAACCGGCAGAGAUCGAGGCAUGGUGGAGCUAGUUCCUGCCUCAGAUACCCUCAGGAAAAUCCAAGUGGAAUAUGGUGUGACAGGAUCCUUUAAAGAUAAACCACUUGCAGAGUGGCUGAGGAAAUACAAUCCCUCAGAAGAAGAAUAUGAAAAGGCUUCAGAAAAUUUUAUCUAUUCUUGUGCUGGAUGCUGUGUUGCCACCUACGUUUUAGGCAUCUGUGAUCGACAUAAUGACAAUAUAAUGCUUCGAAGCACAGGACAUAUGUUUCACAUUGACUUUGGAAAGUUUUUGGGCCAUGCACAGAUGUUUGGUAGCUUCAAGAGGGAUCGGGCUCCUUUUGUGCUGACUUCCGAUAUGGCUUACGUCAUUAAUGGCGGUGAAAAGCCCACCAUCCGUUUCCAGUUGUUUGUGGACCUUUGCUGUCAGGCGUACAACUUAAUAAGAAAGCAAACAAACCUCUUUCUUAACCUCCUUUCACUGAUGAUUCCUUCAGGGUUGCCAGAACUUACCAGUGUUCAAGAUUUGAAAUAUGUUAGAGAUGCACUUCAACCCCAAACUACAGAUGCAGAAGCAACAAUUUUCUUUACUAGGCUGAUUGAAUCAAGCUUGGGGAGCAUCGCCACAAAGUUUAAUUUCUUCAUUCACAACCUUGCUCAGCUACGUUUUUCCGGUGUUCCUUCUAACGAUGAGCCCAUCCUUUCAUUUUCACCAAAAACAUACUCCUUCCGACAAGAUGGUCGAAUCAAGGAAGUCUCUGUCUUUACAUAUCAUAAGAAAUACAACCCAGAUAAACAUUACAUUUAUGUAGUCCGAAUUUUGAGGGAAGGACAGCUUGAACCAUCAUUUGUCUUCCGGACAUUUGACGAGUUUCAGGAGCUACAUAAUAAGCUCAGUAUUAUUUUUCCACUUUGGAAGUUACCAGGUUUUCCUAAUAGGAUGGUUCUGGGAAGAACACACAUAAAAGAUGUAGCAGCCAAAAGGAAGAUUGAAUUAAACAGUUAUUUACAGAGUUUGAUGAGUGCUUCAGCGGAUGUGGCAGAGUGUGACCUUGUUUGUACUUUUUUCCACCCUUUACUUCGUGAUGAGAAAGCUGAAGGAAUAGCUAGGUCGGCAGAUGCUGGUCCCUUCAGUCCCACUCCAGGGCAAAUAGGAGGAGCAGUGAAAUUAUCUGUCUCUUACCGAAAUGGUACACUUUUCAUCAUGGUGAUGCACAUCAAAGAUCUUGUUACUGAAGAUGGGGCUGAUCCAAAUCCAUAUGUCAAAACAUACCUACUUCCAGAUACUCAUAAAACUUCCAAACGUAAAACCAAAAUUUCACGGAAAACAAGGAAUCCAACAUUCAAUGAAAUGCUUGUGUACAGUGGGUACAGCAAAGAAACCCUCAGACAGAGGGAACUUCAACUAAGUGUACUCAGUGCAGAAUCUCUGCGGGAGAACUUUUUCUUAGGUGGAGUAACCCUGCCUCUGAAAGACUUCAACUUGAGCAAAGAGACAGUCAAGUGGUAUCAGCUGACUGCAGCAACUUACUUAUAAACUGGUGAAUUUCUGAGCUUUGGAAGCAAGAAUAAUUAUCAACUUGUGUGUCCAUGCACACACACUGGUGAACUCUGUAUAGUAUUUUUAUACUUGAGCACAAAUUAUAAAUACUUGCUGAAUUAUAACAUAUUUGUUGGACCAACAGUCACAUAACUAAUUUUUAUGAGUUUCUGAAAGCCAUUGCUGUCUAAAAGUCAUUAUAUUGAAUGCUGUAAACCCUACAUGUAAUAUGUAAUAGUAAGUCCUCAAAGGGACUUCCAGAUCAUACCAUGUCAGUUUCGCCACCUCGUUGUGUUGUUUCCCAUACAGACAUAGCCUGUUUGUUUUCCUGGAUGCACCUUCUACAGCCUUUACCACUGUGUAUGCUCACAAACACCAAAGAUGCAGAAUGUUACCAUAAAAUGCAGCUGCUAGUCACAGGGCUGAAAAGCAAAGCACAAGUAGAUCACUAUCUUAAGAACUACUAUGGAGUUUGUAGACCUAGGGAAAAAAAUACACUGUUUUUCUACUCAUUGUUAAAGCCUUCUCCAGAAUAAGUGCCAAUCACUAAAGUUGUAAAUAAUGGUGCCUUACUUUAUAUGCUUCCCUGGCACUUCAUUCUGAUUUCUUUCCUGACUAAAGAAGUAGUUCUCACUCGUUUUCAGUGAAAUUACGUACUAAUGUUUUCCCCACAAAAUGAUCAUUUUUCUACUUGUGAUGUGUGAUUUACUUUAGUCAUUUUUGUUGCCCCAUGACUAAAUGAGAUUCAUUGAUACAGUUGUAUACUAAUUUCCAUCAUUCCAUUAUAAUCCUACAUUUAUUCCCAGACAUGUGAACUGCAAUUUGGUCACACCACCUCUAUAUAUCUAUAUACAUCACUCCCUAUAUAAACAAAUGCAAGUUCUUCAGCCAUGUGCCCUUUUUCCCGUUUGCUACAAAAACUCCUGAAGUAGAGAAGACUUCAUAGGAGGCUCAGGAUAAGGAUUCUAAACUCCAAACCUCUAUAAUAGUUCAUCUUUGAAACUGUCUUACAUUUAUAAACAUUGUCCAUUCAUAUGGAUUGUUGUUUUCCAUACUAUGAUAUGAAAUCAGAGGACAGGAUUAAAAUUAUUCAAUAGUAACCAUUAAAAAUAAGAUUUGUUUUAGUUUUUCAAUGUCAGACAUGAUUUUGUUUAAAUAUAGGUGUAUAUAUAGUAAUUUUCAUGGUUAGAAUAAAAAUUCAGAUAUUUUUUAAAUGGUAAUAGAGAUCACAGCAAUCUGGUUGCUGUAAGAAAACCAACAAAAUAUGCAUUGAAAGGUACCAUGAGAGAAAGGACAAUCUCCAGUUCAACUGCCCAGAAUAGAUUUUUUUUUUUUUUUUAACAAACUGUGCAAGGGUUUGAUGUUAAUGGUGAUACUUGCAAAGCCGAAAUGAGAGUGAGGAUCUAUCAGUGCAAUGGCUUAAAGGCAAAAAAAAUGAAAAAACUUGAAUUUUUUUGGUGCCUAACACUAAUGGUCCAUUUGUAGGAAAACCUAUGAGUAGGAUAUAUUAAUGUCUGUUUUUUUUAUGUUGAAAUGUGUUGUCUAAUAAGUUAAUUAAAAUAUAUAUCAAAGCUCCACUCUUUGCUUUUUCCACAUACAGUUAACUCUUGUUAAAAUGUCUGAGCAGCUUUGCAAAUGUAAUAUAGCACUAGAAAUUUUCACUGAAGCUUUUGAAAUCUAACUCCAUUCCAUGAGUUGUCAGCCACUGUAAAAAAAAAAAGAGAAGUGUACUGUCUUGGUGUAAGGUCAUGAUUAAUUGGACUCAACAUGGACUGCCUUUUCGCAGUCUGUUACAAUAGUGUCUUUUCAUACAAUUAGAGCCUAGACUAUGUGAAAUCACUUUUUAGUUACAGGAAACCUGGAAUCAUAUCUAAGAGUAUAUAUUAAGACUAAUGCUGUAUAGUUAACAAGAGGUCAGAAUAAGUGGUAAUAUUUCUCUUUAUUUAAUUCAUUUUGUGCCUUCUUUGGUCAUUAAAAUAUCCAUACAUUUGUCUUACAUGUACCUUAAUAUAAAUUAUUCCUUUGUGAAAUGCUGGUCUGCAGCCCAAACCAAAAAAAAAACAAAAAAAAAAAAAACAAAGGAGGGCAGCCUCUUUGCACUACCACUGCUACUCAAACAAUUUUAAAUGCCUGAAUUUUCAAACAUUUUUUUAAAGGCUUAAGGUUAAGCAAACUAAAAAAAAAAAAAUUUAAUAAGCAAACUGGCCAAGACACUAAUUUUUUGUGUAUGAUCACAAUAUUUUAUUCUUCUCUUUAUUGAGUGAAAAUAAUUAUGUUACAUAUAAAUUCUCUACCAGAAGCUUUCUCCUUCCCAGUGUUUAAGGGUUUGAAGAUAAUGGUUCACUCCCAAGGACCUAUUGUUUUCUCUGCUGAGGAACUCAGUGUAGACCUGGCACUGGUGUCUCUCACUCCCUUUUUAUGAAUUUGUAGAUAGCUGAAGGUUCACAGACCAUUGGUUAUGUACAGUGAGGCUUCAAAACAUUCGUGGGAAAAUGGAAUUAAAAAGUAAUGCACAUUUUCUUUGAAUGUUUUGAAGCCCCCUCACAUUCUUUCUUCAAAUUAAAGAUGUAUAAAAGUUUCCUGUAUCUUGCCUUAAAUGUGUUAACUAUUAUUUCUAGAAUUCAAGUGUUGUGUUUUUAAAAAGAAUAUCCUCACUUUCGUUAGACUUCAGAUCCAGAAGGCUGACGCCCCACUACCCUAAUCCAUAGAUGAAACUCACAUGCUGUUUGACUAGCAGUGCAAAUAUGAACUAGUCUCAUCUAUAAGAACCAAAUACUUUAAUUAUAUUAAGAUAGUGCAUAAAGAUGUAUAGUAUUUUUAUUAAUACUUUAAAUAUAUUAAGUGGAUUGAAUGUGACUUUAUAACUGUACUAUGAUUGUAUUAAAAUAUUUCUGGAAUAAAGAAA